AUGGAGGAGGAUUCAAUAUUACUGCUCCAACUCCAUGAAGGGCACAAGACUAAUAACCCUACAGUGGACCUGAUCAAGCAGGUAGGUGUGGAGUCAAAGAAGCUAUGGAGUAUUGGAGGUCCAGCAAUCUUCACUUCCAUAUGUCAAUACACACUCACUGCCAUCACUCAGACCUUCAUAGGGCAUGUUGGAACCAUUCAGCUCGCUGCUGUUUCUAUGGCGAGUUCUGUUGUUGCUGGAUUUGCCUUUGGCAUCAUGUUAGGAAUGGCGAGUGCGUUAGAGACGUUGUGCGGGCAAGCAUUUGGAGCAGGACAGCUUACGAUGUUGGGUAUUUACCUGCAGCGAUCAUGGGUCAUUUCAUUUUGCACUGCUCUUGUUUUAGUUCCUUUGUAUGUGUUCUCUCCUCCCAUUCUCAAGCUUCUAGGCGAGAACACUGAGAUUGCUGAUGCCACUGGGAAGUUUGCCAUUUACAUUCUUCCCCAAUUGUUUGCAUAUUCCGUAAAUUACCCAAUACAGAAGUUUUUACAGGCUCAGAGGAAAGUGAUGGUAAUGGCUUGGGUGUCAGGAACAGUUAUGGUGAUACAUGUAUUUGUUAGUUGGUUGCUCAUAUUGAAGAUUGAUUUGGGUUUAGUUGGUGCUGCCAUUGCCCUUGACUUGUCAUGGUGGCUGAUCGUCCUUGGUCAUUUGAUCUACAUUUUAGUGGGGAAUACUGAUAGAGCUUGGACUGGUUUCUCUUUUCUAGCAUUUAAAGACCUCUAUGGCUUUGUGAAGCUUUCUUUGGCUUCUGGUUUUGGAAUUUUGGUACUUGAUGUUGCUGAUAGUUAUAACAGGAUAUUUGAAGAACCCAUUAGUAACAGUUGA